AUGGGGUUUCCAACAGACGUUAUGUUGCCAACGGUUUUUAUGCAGUUUCUUUCAGUAUUAGCUUCCAUCAGAAAACUCCUUACUCUCUUUUUCUGUUAUUUCGGUUUCGAAUCCGACUUUUCCUUUCCUGAAACUUCACCUGAACCCCGGCUGCUCAUCAGAGAAAUCCUUCCGGCGGUGAAAUUCUCGGAGCUGGAGCUAGCGGUUGUGGAAUGCUCACAGGAUGGCUGUGCCGUCUGCCUUUACGAGUUCAAGGCGGAAGACGAGAUCCAACGGCUCACAAACUGCCGUCACAUCUUCCAUAAAAACUGCCUCGACCGUUGGAUGGGAUACUAUCAUACGACAUGUCCUUUGUGCCGCACAACUUUCCUACCUCAUCACAUGCAAGAUACAUGA